CCAUGAUUUGCAGUUUCAUUUUUGAUGAAAUUGUGUCUGCGUCUCGUUUGGGAACACUUGUAUUUUAGUAUACUUCAGCUGUGUUAUACUAGUAAGGUUUAGUAGUCUUCGUUGGGUAAAACGAACGUAAAACAGUCGAGAAGAAAAAAUGAGUCUUUUCAGCAAUUCUUCUUCCCGUAGCCAGAGUAAAAAUCUGGUGGAAUUUCGGGCCGGCAAAAUGACGAUGAGGGGCAAUAUGGUGCAUCCUGACAAGAGGAAAGGCCUUGUUUAUAUUCAUCAGUCGAGUGACUCCUUGAUACACUUUUGUUGGAAAGAUCGUCAGUCUGGGAAUGUUGAAGAUGAUUGGAUUAUUUUCCCUGAUGAUUGUGAAUAUGUUCGAGUACCUCAAUGUACCACUGGAAGAGUCUUUCUUCUGAAGUUCAAAUCAUCCAAUAAAAAAACUUUCUUUUGGAUGCAGGAGCCCAAAACUGAUAAGGAUGAGACUUACUGCCGUAAAGUAAAUGAAUAUCUGAAUAAUCCACCCACUCCAGGAUCACAAGGUGGAAGAGGAGGAAGCAAUCUUGGUAGUGAAAGGGAUUUGCAAAGCUUGCUGAGCUCCAUGUCGCAGCAGCAACUUAUGCAGUUGUUUGGAAAUGUUGGUGGGAUGUCAGGCCUUUCUUCUCUUCUAGUCCCAUCGGACAGCGCUGUGCGUAGUAGUUCUAGCUCCCGAAGCCGUUCAAGUGGUGCCACUUCUGGCUCGGCUUCUCAAGCUCGCUCGGCUGCAGCAAUCCCACCAGCCACUGCAACUGCUGCAGCCACUACACCCAGUUCUGCAAACGCUGGCAGUAACUUGCCAGCAACUCCACUGUCUACGGGAGUGCCUUCUUUAGGCAAUUUGACGAAUCUCCAGCAAAUCCUUUCGGGAAUUCAAGUACCUGAUUCGGCCUUAGGACUCUCAGGUACCGCCGCUGCUCAGGGCCAGCCGGAAAAACCGUCAGUAGAUCUGUCAGAAGGGUUGAGUACAGAUGUUCUGCAUCCGAUUCUGAAUAACGCUGAUUUUAUGCGGCAAUUACGUGAUUUCUUGCCACCGUCGGACCAGGCUAGUGAAGGUGAUACAGCUUCCAUGGUUCGAGACACAGUUCAGUCACCCCAGUUUGCCCAGGCGUUGAGCGUGUUUAGCGCAGCUCUUCAGUCCGGCCAGUUAGGUCCACUUAUUCAACAGUUCGGCCUCGGCUCUGAGGCUGUUGAAGCGGCUCAAAAAGGGGAUAUGGAAGCUUUUAUUGCAGCUCUCCAAAGCCAAGAUAAGGAUAAGAAGAAAGAAGAUGGCGACGAUGGAAUGGCUCUUGAUUAGUUGUAGCCAUUUAUCAAUUUUGUCUUAAAUCACGUCUUUGUUAUCCCUUCCUCGUCUCUUCCCCCAUUUCCAAUUUAGCGUUUGGCUUAGCCCUUUUGCCAGUUUUUGUUUCUGGAAAUAAAUUUCAUGAGGGGGA